UUCUCAUGAGGAUUUUCGCUGAAUACAAAUGGAGAUGAAACUUUUAACAUUUUCUAAUCCAUCCAUUCUCUCUGGCAGUUAAUCCAUGUUGGGUCAGUGGUAGGAGGGUUGAGUUGGUGCGUUUUGGGAACCUACUGGACAGAAUCUAUCCGAGCCAGAUAUUUAUUUAUCUGACUAAAUGUGAGGUGAGAAAAUACAUUCGUAAACUUCAAUGGAUCUUAACCGCUGCUGCACGGAUUUAUUUAUUUAGGUUUUUCAAACCGGCAGUGGAAGGGGAGGAGAUGGAGGCGUUUUCAUCCAAACCUUGGAUCCGGGUGCCAGUCACCCCUCAUUUCUCUCCGACCUCGGUGGCAGCAUGUGUGAACCCGAGCUGUGCGCAAACCUCCCUCUGACGUCUGCGCUGUACCCGCUUUUCUUUUGCUCUCACCUAUCGCAGGUGUAACUUGGUCAGAUCUCAUUUUUAGGGCGCUCUCACAUGGAUCGGAGCUAAAAUUACUCCCGCUUGAAGCUUGUGUAAAAUGCGCCCAACGUGAGAUCACCGGACGUUUUUCUUCGGUUUUAAUCCAAAGGUCGAAUCGUUGCAAGCAUGAAGGUUUUGAGGAUUCAAUGUUUUCUUCUUUGCGUUUAUUACUGCGCACAAGAAGGAUUAUCGGGGGAUUUUAAGACGCAUCUUAGGAGGAAUUUACAAUUCCAGAGAACAAAACGUCAAAGCAAACCAGCAAAACCAGUGCUAAAGGUCACAGACUACCAUGUCAGGUGUUCGGUGGUGUCUCGUUACGCUGUCACAACGAUCCAGAGUUCGGUGUGGAACCAGAUGCCCAUCACUAAAGAGGCAGCGUUUGAGGUGGACCUGCCCUCGUCGGCGUUCAUCUCCAACUUUACCAUUGCCUCCAAUGGUAAGGUGUAUGUUGCCCAAGUGAAGGAAAGAGCGUCAGCCAGGAAAAUUUACGACGCCGCUAAAAAGCAAGGAAAAACAGCYGGACUUGUCGCCACCAAAGAAAGGGAAAUCGAGAAGUUUCGUGUAGCAGUGAGCGUCCCAUCGGGAACCCGGAUGUCUUUUGUCCUGACCUACGAGGAAUUGUUACCUCGUCGACUCGGCCGCUACGAGCUCAGUUUGGGUCUGAGGACCGGGCAGCCGGUGCAGAACCUCACGUUGGAAGUCAGCAUAAAUGAAAGGACGGGGAUCAGUUUCAUCAAAGCUCUUCCUCUGAAGACGAGUCGACUGCUGUCGAACUCUGCCCAGGGUGACUCCAGCCCUCCUGCCUCCACUCGGGUUGAGCAGAGCGAUAAUUGUGCUAGAAUUUACUACAACCCAACUCUUCAUCAGCAAACCAGCGCAUCCCCCAAAGGGUUAAAUGCAGACUUCAUCAUUCAGUAUGAUGUGGAGCUCAAAGACCUCUCGGGUGACGUUCAGGUGUAUGAUGGCUACUUUGUGCAUUACUUUGCACCAAGAGGGCUUCCAGUGGUUCCCAAGGAUAUUAUAUUUGUCAUAGAUGUCAGUGGGUCUAUGAUAGGCACCAAGAUAAAGCAGACCAAGCAGGCGAUGAACACCAUCCUUGGAGACCUUAGAGAAGGAGACCACUUUAACAUCAUCACCUUCUCAGAUAAGGUUCACACUUGGAAGAAAGGUCGAACAGUGCGAGCAACUCGGCAGAACGUGCGAGAGGCCAAAGAGUUUGUGAGGAGAAUUAAUGCAGAAGGAUGGACGAAUAUCAACGCAGCUCUUCUAUCUGCUGCCCAGCUUGUUAACCCGUCAUCCUCUGGAUCCUCCAGCCGCCCUGCAUCCCAGCGGGUUCCCCUGGUUAUCUUUCUGACAGAUGGGGAAGCGACCACUGGAGUGACAUCUGGUGACGCCAUCCUUAAUAACGCCAAGAAGGCAUUGGGCUCGGUUACUCUGUUUGGCAUUGCCUUUGGCGAUGACGCGGACUUCCUUCUCCUAAGACGCCUGGCUUUGGAGAACCGAGGUGUGGCCAGGAUGGUGUAUGAGGAAGCAGAUGCAGCUUUGCAACUGAAGGGUUUCUAUGAUGAAGUGGCCAACCCUUUGCUGUCAGACGUCCAGCUUUCCUACAUGGACGAUCAGGCGUUUGAUGUCACCCAUACCCUGUUCCCAAACUACUUCCAAGGCUCGGAGUUAGUUGUGGCAGGAAGGGUAAAACCUGGAGUCAAAGACUUAAAGGUGUCGGUCUCAGCAACCGAUUCAAAGCAUAACAUAAGCCUGGAAGAUAAUGUGCUUAUUUCCAGUGCAAAAGAAAAUGGGAGCAGAGGUUUUUUAAACUGUUCAGGAGAGUUGGAAGGAGUGUCCAACUUUGUGCGUCGUCUCUGGGCAUAUUUCACCAUCAAAGAGCUACUACUGGGCAAACUCAAUGCAACUGACCCUGCAACUCAAAGGUUACUGGCAGAGAAAGCCACCAACCUCUCCCUCAAAUAUAACUUUGUGACCCCAGUCACUUCUUUGGUUGUUGUAAAGCCAGAUGCAGAUGAAGCAGCUCAGCCAUUGACCACUGUGAAACCCACAACUACUGGCACCACCACCACCACCACAGCAACAACAACAACAACAGUGCGCCCCAUCGAAAUGUUAACCACUAGAGUUCCCAGAAAGCCCAGCCUUAGGUUAGCCAAACCACACCCUCCUCAACAACCUGCAAGUAAACAGAAAACGAAGCCUUUGCCAGUGUCUCUGGCUAAAACAAAGGCUCCUCCAGCCAAAAAAACAGCCAUAAACCCAAGUCCCAGGCCUAUCAAAACUGCCCCAGCAACAAUCUCUGGAAAAAAACUUGCUACCUCCCAGGAUGAUCCAAAAACACCCCUUCAUUCUCCAAAGUUAUCCACUUCUCUUCUAAAUGCUCUAAAAACCGCACAGCCUCCUGCUCCUGGCAAAACGACCAUUAUCCCAACGACAACAGCUAUGCAAACAUUGGAUACCAGCACUUCACCACACCUCACUUCAUCCAGAACCGACCCUGCAGCUGGAACAAGGAGAACCAGUCCUGGGAAACCAUCAGGGCCAUUUUCAGAGGUGGGGAACCGCACCAAGUCUGYCCCAGAUCUUCAUCAGUCUGAAACUCCUGUAGCCACACUGCGCUCGCCCACCCCGGCCUCACCGCCAGACGUUGGACACAACAGCUCAAAUCUAGACGUUGACACCAGUCUGAGCAUUGCCACCCUGGUGUUGGGGACCUUUGCUCCCAUGCCCGGCGUUACAGAAGGACCAGGACUGUGGGAAGCAGCUGGACUUCUGGAUGUCUCUACCUCCAUUCAAAGUGAAGAAGAUCUGAAUCUUGUUACAGAUUUUGAUGCAACAUAUAAUUAUGACUACGAUAUCAGCUACGACACCUGGGACGACAGCAGUGAUUCAUUUGUGCUUGGGAGUGAGGAGGACUGUCCUUUAGUUGAAUGUCUUGUCCUUUUAGAACCUCAGUCCAGACUGAACUCUGUGAGACUCUUCUCCUCAUCAGUGGAUGGAGAUCCUCAUUUUGUGGUCCAACUUCCAAAGUUGCACCAGGAUCUGUGUUUCACUGUGGACGGCAGAGCCAACGACGUUCUCAGACUUCUGGAGGAUCCAGAGCGAGGUAUCAUUGUGGACGGUCACCUGAUGGGAGCUCUACCAAAGCCUGGAGCAGAAGGCCGUUCCCGAACGUACUUCGACCGGCUCACCAUCUCAUUACCGGCUGGCAGUUCGGCUGACAUCAUGAUCACCUUGACGCUGGAUGGGGUGGUAGUGGAUGGGGAAGGAAGGGAGACCCUCCCCACCAAUCAGCAGGGAUCUGUGACCAGGCAGGGCGUGACUGUGACCGUGGACAACCAUCAGAGCUGCUGGAUCGAGCUGGCGAAAGGGGUGCGCUUCCUGGUGCUGUUCCAUCACUACAAACACCCCAACUUCCUGCAGAUGGCUCACCUGGGGUUUUACAUCACAGAUGGAAGGGGGCUGUCAAGGUCGACCCAAGGCCUUCUGGGCCAGUUUCAGCACUCUGACAUGACUGUAACCGUGACAACCAAUCGUCACCCCAAAAACAAAGACGGGGUUCAAGCGAGGGGAAUCCUGAGGUGGGCAGCACAGCAGAUGGACGUGACUUUACAGGACAAGUCGRUGAAAGACUCAGUGCAAAAGCGCCACCUGGGCAAAUGCUGGGUGGUUCCCAAGGCGGAGAUCGAGAGACUGCUGAGUCACUCCUAUGAGAGUUACGUGGUGAACAAUAUGUAACCCAAGCCGAGUCCGCUCCACCUGUUGCUGGCCCACAGCAUGGCUCAGGUACCAGGACGCACACAAAGGACGGAGCUGACUGGGAGUCCGCWGGAUAAAAACGACAGACACAGAGGCGGUUGUGAAACAGGAAGGGCUGGGUGGCGCAGCUUGGAGGCAGAAAGAAGAAGUUAGGAAAAUAAUAGUUAAAAUCUACAGUUACUCAAAUAGAGAACUGAACAGAGGCUCUUUAUCUCUCCCUGGAUUCACUUUGUGUCCGUAACAGAGACUCGAUGUGCUUCUGGUCGCUUGGCAACAACAGAUCAUCUAUUUAUGCAGCCGCUUUGAAAGUUAUUUAUUGGAAUGAUCUUAUAUGGCAUUUUACAAUGGCACAAUGGGUCUAUUGCAGAUAGGAAAAACAAAGUACAUUUCUGAUAAAAAACAUUUUCUAGAUUAUGAGUUGAUUUUCAAGUCAAAAAUGUGCUAAAAGUCUCAGAAAUUUUCUACAAAACAAAAGGAAAUUUCGGAGUUUGUAAAGUUGAAAAUUUGCUAGAAAAAAACUCAGA